CACACACACACACACAUUUCCUGUGACGUCUCGAAUGACACGUGUAUUCAAGAUGGCGGCCGCGAUGGAGACGUGGGUCUUGCUGAUGCUCUCCACACUGCCUUUGGUCAAGCCCUUCUACGUGCCUGGUGUAGCGCCCAUGGAUUUUCAUCAGAAUGAUCCUGUUGAUAUCAAGGCAGUAAAGUUGACCAGUUCGAGGACACAGCUGCCCUAUGAGUACUAUUCCCUUCCUUUCUGUCGACCAGAGAAUGUUGUGUACAAGGCAGAGAACCUGGGCGAGGUUCUGCGAGGGGACCGUAUCGUGAACACACUGUAUCAGAUGAAGAUGAACCAGGACAAGAAGUGUGAGCUGGUGUGUGGAAAGCCAGACAACCCUACUAAACUCACUAUAGUCAACAGCAAACUGAUCGCUGAGCGCAUCCAGGAGGAGUACUACAUUCACCUGAUUGCAGACAACCUUCCAGUUGCCACAAGACUGGAGUUUUACCCGAACCGAGAGGCAGGAACAGACGAGGAGAAAAAAGACGCAAUGAAAGACGUUCAGUUUGAACAUGGCUACAGGCUGGGCUUCACAGACAACAACAAGUUCUAUUUGCACAAUCACCUGUCCUUCAUCCUGUACUACCACAAAGAGAAGGUGGAGGAUCAGGACGAGCCGACGUUCCGCGUGGUGCGCUUUGAGGUGGUUCCUCAGAGUGUGAAGCUUGAAGAUCUGAAGCCUGAUGGGACAGGUUCGUGCACAUUACCCGAUGCCAGUGGUUCUGCCCCUCAGGAGAUCGACCCAACCAAAGAGAACAGUGUGCUAUUCACCUACUCCGUACACUGGGAGGAGAGCCAGGUGAAGUGGGCGUCGCGGUGGGAUACAUACCUCACUAUGAGUGAUGUACAGAUUCACUGGUUCUCUAUCGUCAACUCUGUGGUCGUCGUAUUCUUCUUAUCAGGCAUCCUCAGCAUGAUCAUCAUCAGGACAUUGAGAAAGGACAUUGCCAACUAUAACAGAGAGGAUGACAUUGAGGACACUAUGGAGGAGUCUGGCUGGAAGAACGUUCACGGGGACGUGUUCCGACCACCCCAGUAUCCCAUGAUCCUCAGUUCACUCCUCGGUUCGGGGAUCCAGCUCUUUUGCAUGAUCCUUAUUGUUAUCUUUGUGGCCAUGCUGGGUAUGUUGUCUCCAUCCAGUCGGGGGGCUCUGAUGACCACUGCUUGCUUUCUCUUCAUGUUCAUGGGUGUGUUUGGAGGAUACUUUGCUGGUAGACUGUACCGCACUCUAAAAGGACACAGAUGGAAGAAAGGAGCUUUUUGUACUGCCACUCUGUACCCUGCAGUGGUGUUUGGAAUCUGUUUUGUGUUGAACUGUUUUAUCUGGGGAGAGCACUCGUCUGGAGCUGUCCCAUUCACCACUAUGUUGGCUCUGUUGUGUAUGUGGUUUGGGAUCUCCAUGCCUCUGGUAUACUUGGGGUAUUACUUUGGCUUCCGGAAACAGCCCUACGACAACCCGGUGCGCACCAAUCAGAUCCCACGACAGGUGCCAGAACAGCGCUGGUACAUGAACAAGUUUGUUGGGAUCCUGAUGGCUGGCAUUCUUCCAUUCGGCGCCAUGUUUAUUGAGCUCUUCUUCAUCUUCAGUGCCAUCUGGGAGAACCAGUUCUACUAUCUGUUUGGCUUCCUCUUCCUGGUCUUCAUCAUCCUGGUGGUGUCCUGCUCACAGAUCAGUAUUGUCAUGGUCUACUUCCAGCUCUGCGCAGAGGACUACCGAUGGUGGUGGAGAACAUUCCUAGUGUCUGGAGGAUCUGCCUUUUAUGUACUCGUUUACGCCAUUUUUUACUUCGUCAAUAAGCUGGACAUUGUGGAGUUCAUCCCCUCGCUGCUGUAUUUCGGCUACACGGCUCUGAUGGUUUUAUCCUUCUGGCUGCUGACGGGAACGAUCGGCUUCUACGCAGCGUACAUGUUCAUACGCAAGAUAUACGCCGCCGUCAAAAUCGACUGAGCCGCGGGGCUCCUGCAUUUUGUUACCUUAAGAUUUCGUUGUUUUUUUUACCUUCUGGUUUGUCGAGCAAGCACUGAUGUGAUGGUGUGUGUGUGUGUGUGUGUAUGCGUGUGCGAGUGGAUGACUGUACGAGUUCAUGAGGCGAGUGACGUGAUGCUACGCCCCCUGCUGACUGAAGACAGGUGCUUUGUGCACAGACUAGUCAACCAUGUCUGCCCUUCCGUCUCCCACCCUCACUCGGUCAGUCUCUCCUCCUCUGAAACACAGAGAGAUUGCAGCAUUCUGGACUCUAGAAUUAUUAAUUUUUCUUCUUUUUGUUUAUUUUAAAUUGAAAUCUCGGUUUCUUGUUGCACCACUUGGGCCAAAGUGCGUUUUCCUUUCGUUUUGUUUUUUUAGUUUAUUAUGGGGUGGGGUUAUCUGUUGUUAGUGUAAAAAUGAAGCAGCGUGAUGCCAGGGGAUGAUGGGACUAGGAAAUACCUAAAUAAUAUCAUUUUACAAAUUUACUUUUGCUAUCUUUGAAUACUGUAUAUUUAAUUUUCAGUCUGCUCCAGGUCUUGGAUUUAAACUAGUGUUUGUUGUACAGAAAUGUGUGCGAGUGUGUGUGCAGUAUGCUGGAGAAAGGGUGGUCAGUCUGUGGUCAUUUAGCAUAGGCUGAUUACUAGGAUACUGGCGGCGUUGAGACGUUGUAAAGGAAGGACAUUAAAAAAAAACAAAAUGUAACAAAAAAAACAAAAACAGCAAUUAUUCCUUACUGGUGUUUUUCUCCAAAUGUUAUGGGCAGUUUUACAAAUCCAGGGCAGUAUCCAGUACCACCAACUGUAUCUGUUAGGAGGAGUGUAUACUGAGGUGCAGUUUAGAAGAACUGUACUAGUCUGUCACUAGAGAGAUUCCAUUACCUGAAUUCCAUUACCUGAAUUCUGAUGGCUGUUGUAUAUGCAGUGCAUUUAAGCCAGCCAUUUGAAGAAGCGGAAGACACCAAAUAAUUUCUCAUAGAAGAUUCUAUCUCGUCAACACACACAGUAUAAGUAUGUUGUUUAUCUUUCUGUCUAGUUCGGAAUGUCUCAAAUAUUUAAUAUUUUUUCUUGGAAAAACCCAGUUCUGGAGAAUCAUUGAGUGCCUUUACAUGCACUUCAUAACCCGAUUAUAACUAUAAAUGGAUUACUGCAGUUAUCUGACUAUUCAAGUGGUCGUGUAAAUAGCUUACUCCACUUUCUUACAUUGUAAGAUUCGAAAUUCGAUAUACAGAGCUUGAUUUUAGCCAAAUAUGCCAAUUAAUACUCCUAACCAGAGUUUUCUCAGAUUUCUCAGUCUGUGCAAGAGUGAGAACAGACCCUGAAAUCAGAAAUGCAAGCAACAUCAUACAGCUCUGGAAAACAUUAAAAGUCCACUUCAGUUUCUGAUCAGUUUCUCUGAUUUUGCUAUUUAUAGGUAUGUUUGAGUAAAAUUAACAUUGUGUUUUAUUCUGUAAACUAUGGACAAAAUCUCUCAUUAGCAGAAAAUGAGAAAUGGCUCAAUUUGGUAAAAUCAAAGAAGCUUAAUAAUUCUGAAUUGGUCUAUUCAUUUUUCCAGAGCUGUAUAUGCUGUGAAGUUUGGUCAAUAUCUAAACUCCAAUGUUCUGCAGUAAUCGGAUUAUUUAUUAUGAAGUGCAUGUAAACACACUUACUGUUAAUGGGUCUAGAGCUUUCAGCAGAUUUCAAGGAUCACCUUAUUCCAUGUAUUGCCAAUAUAGCAGUGUGUGACAUCAGCAUGGCGUAAGCUACGGUCCAGGAAGCCAAGAGGCUAACAGCAGUUAAGGUUAGCAGUUUAUAAAAUCAAAUAAAAAAGUCUUGCCAUUAUUGAGAUUGGAGAUGCUGCAUCUUUGUAAACCAGCAGAUCUCAAACUGGUCCUCUCUCCAGUCAUGUGUCCACUGCUGCUUUAUAAUACACCUGAUUAAUUUAAAGAUUAAAUACAUUUUAAAAUAUUAAACAGUCCAGGCUUUUUUGCUCCACCAAACUUCCACCAGCUGUUGCCCCGCCCACAUGUAUUAGAUAUUCAGAUAUUCACAUGUAUCCAGAUCUUCAGAUAACUUUAUGAAAAUGCUGACAGUGCAUGCUUUCUGGCCGAAUCUCAAAUAACUCCUUACUCCCUUUGUAGUGCACUACAUAAGUCAUUAAACUACAACAAUUACACAUGGAUAGAUGGCGCUAGAGUUCAGAUUUUCAUGUAUACAUAACUGUAAAUAAUGUUAAAACAAUUAUACAAUGUUCUAUUUAUUAGAUUUAGAAUGUGUAUUAUUUUUUUUUUAACUUGAAAAGUACACUACAUAGGGAGUAGUGUGUAAUUUAAGAUUGAACCUCUGUUUUCUUUGUUUGUUGUGUUGUAAUAUCUUGUCUUUCUCUCUUCGAGGUACUAUCGCUCCAGACAGGGCUUAACAUGCUCAUGUUGACACGUUUUAAUUUCUCUUUGUUUGCCAGAAAUCUCACUUUUCAAUAAUAUCAGGAUGUGUGUGAACGGUUCCUAAAGAUGGAGUAAAUAAUGUCGACUGUUUUAGGAUUCCAGUGGACCGAUUGGAGAGAAGCACUGUUGUAAACUACUUGUGUUGGGUGCUGGUUGGUUUGUUGAUUGAUAUGUUUGUGAUUGUGAUGAACUGGAUUUAGUAUCAUUUGGGAGAUAAAAUAUUAAAAUAUAAGAAUAUCCCUUUUAAUAGUCUAUCUGAACCACUUAUUGAACUUUAAACAUUUUUCUUUUAAAACUGACCUUCUUCUUCUGCUGCUUCUUUAAGCUGAGAAUUGUUUGGUGGAUGUCUGGAUAUUUUCUUAUUUCUUCUUCCUUCUUUUUUGUUUUGUUGGGGGUCACUGUUUUUUUCUGACUCUGGAGUAAAAAAAUAGUGGUAAACAGACACAGUGCAGUUACAACAAACCCAUAAACCCAGGUUACCUCUUGUACGUUUCUGUACAAUUAAAGGAGUAGUUUGGCGAAAAAUUGGAUAAAAAUGAUUGAUCUCAUACCUUGAUGCAGCCAGUUCACCAAGACAGGUUUGAUAUUUGACAUGUGCUUUUUUAUGUUUACAACGGGACAUGCUAGGCUAACGUUGCUAACAAACACUGAACUUAUUUGAAUGCAUUCUUUUCUCAAAUCAGAUUUGUUUAGAUGAUUGUUUGUGCUGUCCAUAUCUUCUGUUCAUAUCUGCUCACACAAAUGACACAUUAACAUCCUAUAGGAUUUGAUUCAACUUUCAAAUGUGUUUUGGAUCCAGUUAGCAAAAAUAGGAUUGGGUCUGGCAGUGUGAACAUUGCCUAAGACACACAAGUCACCAUUCUUUGAAUUCAUGUAAAAAUCUGAAUUAAUCUGCUUCUAAAAUCCCUUGUGGAACAAUGUUUACUAUAAAAUCAAAUUAAUAAAACAACAUGGAUCCCUCAUUUCUUGUUACUAUUAUCUGCAUAACAGCCUGCUUUGUAGUACUGUCUAAUACUAUUGCAGUGUUUAGUAUUUCAAACUGUGAACAUAUGUCAUACUGUCAAAAGUGUUGCAGUGGCUUAUACCAUGUCCUUAACCUAAACCACACUGUGAUGUAUCGUGACCGGGGGCCCAAGUGGGCCCUAGUUUACAGUUGGAGAUGCUAGGCUAACACUGUUAAUAUUUAUAAAGACAAGGCUGGCAAAUGUUUGUUGGCGACAUUAACCUUGCAUCUUCCAUUCAGGCAAUGGGAACACUUUAGAAUCAUUGAGAAAUUAGUUCGAAAAUUUAAACAGAGAAAUCGAUAAAGAGAAUAUUCGUUAGGUUUAAUAUUUAUGGAAGUGAAGUUGGCAACACUAGCGUAGCAUCUUCCAUUCAGGCAAAUAUCGGAUAUACAAUAAGUUAUUAAUCACAUUUGUCUGCUUUUUCGUCAAACAUGUCCUUAAAAAGAAACACACCAGCCUUCAUCAACGGCUGAAUUUUAUCAGGUUGAUAAUACUGGAGUGUUCCUUUAAUAUUCAUCUUACCUAAACAGUCGUUCUCAGCAGUAAACAGUAUAAGCCGCCCUUUAUUUCUGUCUGUUCUAGAAUUAACCGAGGUUUCUUAGAGAUGAUUUAUCUGUUUGUAACUGAAUGCAAGGACUACGAAACAAAACAAAACAAAACAAAAAGGACAUACUUUUUCUUGCCUGUUGAGUGUGUGUAACAGCGUGUGUCUACAGUGGAUGUAAAUACACCGCUUUGUAUAUCGUUGCGUUCUGCUUUUUGUGGAGCUCUGUAUGUACCGAUCAUGUCCUUGUUUUUAGUCGAAAGCAUGUUUCUUUUUUACGAACCUUUACGGCCCUCCCUCCUUAAACGAAUGUCAAGUUCUAAAAUGUAUGAAAUGAAUAAAAGUGCUGACGAGUUGAGAUUUAAAA